AUGAGAUCAAAAAAUAAAAGAACAGGUAUCAAAACCUUUUUGCUUCCUAACUUGACAUACCCUCUGUCAAUCCGAAUGAAACCGAUUUCUCCGAUUUUCGAGUUCCCAUGAACAUGCCUGUCUCUUUUCCUUCGUUCCCUCCUGGAUAACCCGUAAUUCAUCUGUCCGUCGGUCAAUGUUCGUUUGCUUCCCGCUCUCAUCGAAAUAGGUUUCUGUCCUCCCCAUGUCUCAUCUAACCUAAUCACCGAUACACUUUAAAACGCGUCUCUUCGCGAAUUCUCCUGUGUAGACCCGUCUAAUAUGCUGUCUUACAACAAUAUAUCAUCAUAAGCCUAGAAUACGGUGUGUACGUGGGUCUAUAUAUCAAUAAUUACUUCUUCUGGCGAUUCCAAUUUUUAGUUGGUAGGGCUUUGUUCAGUUAUCGGUAGUUGUGUUGAUGAUUAGUAGACGAGAAAGAUCGAAAAGUGAGGAGAGAAAAAAAGAAGACGAAUAAGGAGAAGAAGAAGAAGAGAAUCGGUUGGGCGUCGGCGCUUCGGCGCCACGCCCUUGCCGCUAUCACAACGCCUUCUUCACCUUAUAUUUUAUUGUUUCUUCCUUUCUCCGCCUUGACAACAACCCCCGCACAGGAAUUGCCUUCUACUUUUUUGUAUACUCUAGGCCGACAGUACUGUUAGGUGUCAAACAAGUUGAGGCGCCUUAGACACACCCGGCAAAGCACCGAGGUCACACAUGUGAUAAGCCGGCGAGUUAUAGUUCUUCCCCCUCCCCCCCUCUUUUCAUUUUCUUUUCCUGUUCGUUCUCUUGCCGCCUCAAUUACAAAUCAAACAUGCAUUGGAGAACACUUGAAACACACUCUGUGGCUAGUUGAAACUGUUCACAUUUCUUCCUUUUCACGACGACCUGUCCGACGUGCCUUUUCUUGAAUGUUUGGAGAAAAAAGAGCUGAAAUGCAGAAACUAUAGUCCAUUUUCUCGGAAUAGUUAGAAAGAAUGGCGUUUCGAAUUCAAAUUUCGACACUACAACGAAGUAGAACUCGCACGAAAUGAAACUGUUACGAUUCGGAACUCGCAGUUAUAUUUUAACGUUGCGAGUUCCCAAUCUUAACAGUUCUAUUCCGUGCCAGUUCUACUUCGUUGUAGCGCCCAAAGUUCGCUCAUGGCAGCCAUUCUCUCAAUUCGCUUUGCGCCCGUCCUAAAAGUAGCUGCGCCUUUAAAGGUUCGCUCGCCGCGCGCGACCUUUUUCUACGUUUGUCAACGAAAAACAAACUAUUUUUCGUGUUUCUUCUGCCCCAUAAACACUUGUGGCAGCAGAAUCUUGUGGUGGGUGAAACCACACAAACCAGAAUUAUCAUUUUGUUCAAAUCACUAAUCACUCACAUUAAUUUGGGCGUCUUGCCGAAAACGUCUUCUUUUUCUUUUCUUUCUUCUUCUCCUUCUACGCCACUAUUUGUUGUUUACUUCUUUUCUUUAAUCAUUUUGCACGUGAAAUGUAGUGUCCCGUUCUUAUUUUGAAGUUGCCAACUUUUCAGAGCCCUCUGUUGAAGUCUUUGUUCGCCCGUUAGAGGUCACUGUACCAGCUGACUUUCUGUAUCAGAAGCCAGGUAAUUUUGCCGUUUUUUCCAAUUCGAUAAUCCCGAAAUUUCAGAAGAAUCGAAACCGCAAAAGACGUACUGGUCGACGAUGACAUCGAACAUCCAUACCGAGACAUCCAUCAAAAGAUGGUCCAUUCCCCCGGUCACCAUCGAAGAGGGAAAGCCGCCAGGACCGGUAAGAACUAUUGGUUAAGGGGUCAUAGUUUGCGUGGGUGUGCCCCCUUCUUGUCGGUUUUUCUGUCCCAUAAAAUUUGAAUUGAAUGAUGGAAUAGAAGCACGCGUCUCGGCGGAGAAGUCGCGGCGCCGCCACACCCAGAUUUCUCUCCCACACCUCUUUUUUUGAGAAAGAAAGUUUUUGCUUGAUUUUUGAUGUGGUGCGCGUACUGGCAAACUUGUUAGCGGUGAUCAAUUAAAUAGCAUUCCGGGUGAUAAGGCUAGGAAAAAAUAUUUGUUCUCUAGGAAGAACAUCAGUUCAUUAAACUCACUCUCAUAAAGAAAAGGGGGUCAUACACGUAAUCCUAGUACUGCAUAACACAAGAAGUACAAUAAAAACUAGAAAUUGGAGGAGGAAGGGGGGUGGGGGUGGGGAAAAAUGAAUGAGGAAAAGGAAUGCGUCAGACAUACAUUCACAUCCAAUCAAGCAUGCCGAAUGUUUCGAUUUCAGCCAAACGCAUACAUUUGACAAGCAUGUCCUCUCUCUUCCACUUUGCCUCUUCUGUCCUGUUUGACAGACUGACUGGCGGGAUACUAGUAAAUCUACCCCCGUGGGGCCCUCCGGCCACUUUCACCAUUCUCCACCAUUUCACAGUAGCUUUGUUUUGUUCUUCUUCUUCUCUACCUCUCUUACGUUUCGACUGUCGGCUAUGUACGCAUUGACGAUUAUCCCGAAAAAAGCGAAAUGUUGCGCAUCAACAGAUUUUCAUCCUUGAUAAUAUCGUUUUUCCGUCAAAUUGCAUUCUAAUUUUUCUUUUCCCGCGUUGCAAAAUAGCUUCCACGUUCAGAGGCGUCAAACUUUCCAUAACUUUUAACUUUCCAUGUGAUACCUAUUUGGAUACCGAAAUCACGGCCACACCCUUCCGUUUCUCGCUCUGUAUCUUUUUCCACUAUAACCUGUUAGUUCAAAAACAAUUUUCUCGAAUGCAGACUUCAAAAAGAGAACGAUUACACAACAAUUAGACUGUGGGUGACGUGAAAAGAUGGUGGAAAUCUAUAAACCACCGGCGAAGCGGAUUUCCAGCCAGCUCAUGCAGAAGCUGCGUUUGUUUGUAAGAGAUUAUUUCUAGAGAAAAAAAAGAAUAGAAGACGUUCAUAUCAAUAUCAAACGCUUUGAAUUUUCAGGAAGAAAGACCUUCAACCAAAGAAGGUCGCGAACAAGCGGGAAAUGUGCUCGGAGUCCAUCCCAACUACAAAACAGGAACAGGUCAGCCGAAGCAAGAGAUUCCCUUAUCGAGAGUUGGAGCUUUACCCAAUGGAACAGGGGAUUACAAAGUGACUUCGCUGCAAGAGACCUACAAGCAGACGUUGAUUGACCCGAAGGUACUUUUCAAAAAAAUUUAA